UGGUCGAGCCCCCAUGCUUUUAGUCACUGCCAGCGGGAAGGCUAAAGUAGUCAAACCCACCAAAAAGUUCAAUCGUUUUUCACCUUUGAAAGCAGAUCUAAUGGCAAAGGGAUCUACCGGAUCAACACAGUCGUCAUCGACUUCGACUAUGGUUGCGACUGUGGGCGCAGGUCCAAUGACCACCCAUAAUGCCGAGGAUCAGCUGGACGAUUACGACGCCGAUGAUUUGAUUACGGCCCUGAUCCCGAAGAAGAAACGGCGCACAAUUUUUCCACCAUCACCGUUUCUUGCAGCUCCAGAUGUACUACCAUCACUGCGACUGAUUUUGUGCUCCUUUUGCCUUUGCUUAAGAAAGCAUAUUUUUUGUGGUCUUGGUCGGCAUCCUGUCGACUUGACCAAGCUGGAACUUGUGGGAUCCAGACGGUGCACAUGCUAUAGUAUGAAAACCGCAAACGUUACCUGCAUUUUCAAAUGUGGCAUCGACAAAAUACGCGUUCCUUUUUGCGAUUCCUGCGAGGGUUUCUCAUUGCCUCUUGUUCUUAUGGAGCAACACAUCUAUAUACAUAUCAAUGUAAUGAAAAGCUACCUUCGUCAACAAUUGGUACAGAGACAGUCAGUAACAGCCAUAGCAUCGGCUGUGGUGGAUGAAUAUGAAUACUCGGCACCGAGAUCUAUCAAAAACAUUUUGACUAGAAGCAUUCCUGCAUUUGCUAAGAUGCUUUUAAUGGUCGACCAUGAUCUGGAAAAAGCCCAUGGACUUGUUGCUAGUGACAUUUGUCCAGCAUGCGUCUUUGAGGUACUAGUUUCCUUCGUAGCGACUUCUCCUUGUUCCAAUAUCUUAAGUAUCGUUGUAUAAGCGUAUGAUGAUCCAGAUACAUCAUCUCCCUUCCUUGUCGCUCUUGAUGGCAAUUUUUCUUUACGCAGAUUCGCCCACGUAAAAGAAGAUUCCAGUGAGCCAUAUGCUUAUCCCUCUUACAAGCAUAUCAAUAAGCAUUGGGCCGCUGAUCAAUCUCCCGUUGAAGUGAGGAAAGCUAACUCGGUAUGUUUUUGUAAAGAGCAACUUGAAAAGAGUUGCCGUGCAAAUCCGUGCAAAUCCGGUGGUUCUUUGAACCAAAAA